CAGACUUCAGUCAGGCAGCCUGUUUAGCAGACCGGGCAGGUGGUGAUAAGAGAACAGAGGGGAGGAAGCCAGCGGCCGAGGAGAGAAGAAGGGAGGGAAGAGAAGGGCGAAGAAGAGAAGUCGAGGAGAGAAUCGGCAAGUGGAAGGAGACAGCCAACCAUGGCCAGCGAGCUCAAGAAGAAGAUCUUCUGGAGAGCGGUGGUGGCCGAGUUCUUCGCCAUGACCCUCUUCAUCUUCAUCAGCAUCGGCUCGGCCUUGGGCUAUAACUUCCCCUUGAAGACAAACGAGACCGAACCGCGCACCCAAGACAACGUGAAGGUCUCGCUAGCCUUCGGGCUCUCCAUCGCCACCCUGGCCCAAAGCAUUGGCCACAUCAGUGGGGCCCACCUGAACCCGGCGGUGACCCUGGGCCUUCUCCUCAGCUGCCAAAUCAGUGUUUUCCGGGCCGUCAUGUACAUUAUUGCCCAGUGCCUGGGCGCCAUCGUCGCCACGGCGAUCCUUUCGGGAGUCACCAGCUCUCUGGAGCCGAACACCCUCGGCCUCAACACGCUGUCCAAUGGAAUCAACGCAGGGCAAGGCCUGGGCAUUGAAAUCUUCGCCACCCUGCAGCUGGUGCUGUGCGUGCUCGCUACCACCGACCGUAGGAGGAAUGACCUCUCUGGAUCGGCUCCUUUGGCCAUUGGUCUUUCUGUGGCCCUGGGGCAUCUUCUGGCGAUUGACUACACCGGUUGCGGGAUUAACCCAGCCAGGUCUUUUGGUUCGGCCGUGGUAACGGGUAACUUUGUUAAUCACUGGAUCUUUUGGGUGGGCCCAAUCAUUGGAGGUCUCAGCGCCUCCCUCAUCUACGAUUACAUCCUGGCUCCCAGGACCAGCGACAUCACCGACCGUAUGAAAGUUUGGACCAGCGGGCAGGUGGAAGAAUACGACCUCGACGUCGACGACUCCCGAGUGGAGAUGAAGCCAAAAUAAAGGAGGACGGAGAGAGAGGAAGAAAAGCAAAGCGAAAAAAAAAAUAUCAAAACAAAAAAAACCCUUAUCCCAGUUUCUGGAGAUUCGUAUCAGUAUUAUAGACUCUUUACGAAACAAGAAGCAGUUCUUCCAAAUGGUUUUAUAAGUCACUCGGGGCUUCUCUCUCUUUUCUCUCUCUUGUCCUCGCUGGCCUUUGUUAUAUCGGUGGCUUCGCAGUGAGAAAAAAUAUAGGGUCAAAAAUAGUUUAUUUUUUACGUGAGAGCUCAGGCGAUCUGCACAAAGCCCAGUUUAGGUUUCUGUAUCCAAAGAGGUGUCUCCUAAUAUAUAUUGGCAUAGGACAACCAAGUCCCCAUGACCAGCCAAUGCAGUAAAAAAAUGAAUGCUGAAGAAUUGUUUAUACGAGAUGCCAACCGGGGGGGGAAAGAUUGAUUUCGGGUUCAUAUUCCUGAGAUGAAAAAUUAUGGGGACGGGCCAGAUCCAAUGGAACCGAUGGUCGGCUUCAACAUUUUCAGGGGCCGUGGUGUUCCCUAUCAAGAGAUCCAGGGUCCAGAAAUGUAUUUGAGCGUAUAAAUUGACUCUACACAAGUGGCUAGACUCCAUAAUAAAGUUAGCAGCAUCAGA